UGGGUGGCUCUGAAAAGAGCCUUUGAAUUCUUUUCUCUGGAAACGUGCAGCACAAAGGAAAGCCUUACAUUUACUUUGCUUUGGCUUUGUGGCUGUCGGUCUUCUUGGGCAGCAGCACGGCCUGGAUGUUGGGCAGCACACCACCCUGCGCGAUCGUCACCUUGCCCAGCAGCUUGUUGAGCUCCUCGUCGUUGCGGAUGGCGAGUUGCAGGUGCCGCGGGAUGAUGCGCGUCUUCUUGUUGUCGCGGGCCGCGUUCCCCGCCAGCUCCAGGAUCUCGGCCGUCAGGUACUCCAGCACGGCUGCCAGGUACACUGGGGCGCCGGCGCCCACCCGCUCCGCGUAGUUGCCCUUGCGCAGCAGGCGAUGGACGCGGCCCACGGGGAACUGCAGUCCGGCCCGCGACGAGCGCGACUUAGCCUUGGCACGCGCCUUCCCGCCCUGCUUCCCUCGCCCGGACAUCUUCAGUCACUAAGCUCGUCAAUCCUAAAAGCCGCCAACACCGAAACAAAGAAAACUGCCGGCGUUCCUCAGCUAUAGCGUCGCUCUCCCACCUCGCCCCUUCACUGAUAGGCUGAGAAGUAGGCCUUCUCUGCCCAGCCAAUCAGGAGCUGAAUCUAAUUCUAACCAAUAAAAGUCUGGCACAGGCGCGUUAUGACGUUUUGCCGAUCUCUGACCAAUGAAAGUAGGCAACGGGAAUGCUGCUCAUUUGCAAGAGAGUGCCAUAAGGAUGUGGCCCCCAAAUCAGUACACUGUGUUUCUUUCUCUGAUCUUUAGUUUCUUGCUCUUGGGAUCUGUGAGACAGGCGCUUGCUACCACACCAGAGCCAGCUAAGUCCGCCGUUGAGCCCAAAAAGGCCUCCAAGAAGGCGGUGACCAAGACCCAGAAGAAGGGUGACAAGAAGCACAAGAAGAGCCGUAAAGAGAGCUACUCUAUCUACGUGUACAAGGUGCUGAAGCAGGUGCACCCCGACAUGGCCAUCUCGUCCAAGGCUAUGGACAUCAUGAACUCAUUUGUCAACGACAUUUUCGAGCGCAUUACUGGCGAGGCAUCGCGCCUGGCGUACUACAACAAGCGCUCCACCAUCACUUCUCGGGAGAUCCAGACGGCUGUGCGCCUCCUGCUGCCCGGUGAGCUGGCCAAACAUGCAGUCUCCCAGGGUACCAAGGCCGUCACCAAGUACACCAGCUCCAAGUAAAAUAUCUCAGACCGACAGUUUUAAUCCAAGGGUUCUUUUUCAGAGCCACCCACAUUUUCAAUAAAAGGGCUGUUCAGUCAAGUUAGCCAUUAAUAGUUUUUCGUGGAACCUUAGUUCGAAGUAAUUUUUCAAGUGCCACUUCAGAUUGUGAGAAAAUAUUUUCCAGUUUUCUGUGUUAGGGAACAGACUGUAUCUGGGAUCAAAUUACUUAUAACUAAAGAUUUGGGUUUUUUUCUUUAAAUUUGAUUUCUAGGCAAUAAUUUCUUUAUGAAGUUAUUACAGUUCACUGUUUUGAGUAUUAUGUUGUGCAAUACAUUGCUAUUGAUUUUAAGUAUGUUCAUGUUUUGUGCAUUGUGAAUUGAAUGUUAAAAGGCAGGAAGUAAAUUACUCAUGGGAACUUAUCCAUGUGCAACGUUUUAACUGCUAUAAUAACAUUUGCCGCUUUAUGGUGCUCGGACAUUUUUUUUAAUUAUUUCUUGUAUCAGAAUGAGGUGUGUCUCCAGUGUACUCUACUAUAAAAUAAUUUAUGUAGUAAUAAGUGACAUUCAUUUUAAUAAGUUGUUACCAGCAUCACAGUGAUCAAUACAUUACAGAAGUCCUUUCUAAAACUUACGUACUUUAAUCAAUUUUCUUAAUAAUUCUACUGUGCAUGUGAUUUUUUUUUUUUAACAUUUUAAAAUCUUUUGCACAGCUUCUCCCUAUGACUGCUUCAGGUAGAUAAUAUUCCCCUUGUAUAAAAAAAAAAAAAGUGAAGAAAACAUUUCAUCUCUGACCCUUCCUGUAUUUUUAGGUCAUUCAUAGCAUUAAAGCUGCUAAAGACUAAGAAACUAACCAAUGAGGGCUAACUUCGUGAGCUAUUGGAGUUUAUCGUAAAGGUACUAAUCAGCCUUAAAAUCUUUCAGGCUCAGACUGAAAGCUUUCUGAAUCACUGACUCCCUGAAAAUCUGCAUCUACAGCAGUGCUGGAUACUGCUCUAGAUGGAGAUUAAAGCCACUAUCACCUUCCCUCAAACUGGGUCGAAUAAUCCUGAAAUUCAAGCAUAUUCUGUGUUCAUACACAGACCACAGAAUCACAAAAGGAGAUCUUUCAAGUACUUGACUGCAUGUUGUUUCUUAGUACAAGUACAUAGACAAACGCUGUAUCUUUCUCUCAAAUCUGUCAUCAAUUUAUCAAAGUUAAUUUCAGUUUGAAGGCUGAUGGGGACCUCUCAGAAUCGAUUUUUAUGUCCAGUGGGAAGAAGUAUCCUCCACAUUCUGUUCUUCAGCAGCUUCAAAUAGAGUUGAGAGAUCUGUUCUCCAAGUAUCUUAAUACAAACUCAGAAUUGGAGCCUGUACGUUCCAAGCCUCUGUAUAUGUGUUCAAUACCUACAGAGAUAAAUAAACCAUGGUAUAUUCCAGCAUCUAGAUUAUUUUAUUAUUAUUAUUUAGGGGAAUACAUUGGUCACUAGAAAGGAGUUCUAGAAAAUAUAUACCAAAAAUGCUCAUCUUCUGAUAGGGAUAAUGAUCAUGAGAAUAAUUUGACAGUGGUUUUUAUUCUCUGUAAUCAUGUAGAAGUCAAAUUCAGUUAUGUUGUCCUAAAAAAAUAAAAUACAUGUAUAAAAUAAUAUUGUAGUUUUAACUACAACUAUCAGAGGGCAUUACUGUUACCUGAAUUAAAGUAGGAUCUCAGUGGUGCCUUUUGGCCUCCCAGCUCAGGAAUCCAUCCACAUUCCUUUUGCCUUUCCUGUUUUUGUAUGCUCUGUUGUGUACAGUUCAUUGCUCUCAAAACGUAGCUUUCACAGUGUCAUGAGUUCAACUGUAACCAUUUUUUUUCUCCUCCUUUGUAGCUGGUGCAGUGCAGUGUUUUCAGCUUUAGUCUGAGAACAAUACUGAUAACACACUGGUGGUUUAGUUGUUGCUAGUAAUGCUUAUUCUGAUCAAGGACUUUUUAGAGUCUCAUGCUCUGCCAAUGAGGAGGGGCACAAGAAGUAGAGAGAGGAUACCUGGCCCACACUAGCCAAAAAGGUAUUCCAUACCACAGUAUAUCAUGCCCAGUAUAUAAACUGGGUGGAGUUACCUGGAAGGCCCAGAUUGCUGCUUGGGUUGGGCUGAGUCUCAGCAGAUGGUGAGCAUCCCUUGUGGGUUUAUUAUUGGUGAUAGUAGUAAUAGUUUUGUGUUAUACUUCAGUUAUUGGACUGCUCUUAUCUCAAGCCAUGAGUUUAUAUUCUUUCAAUUUUCCCCUCCCCUCCAACCCACCAAGAGCAGGGGAGGGAGGAGAGUGAAAGAGCAGCUGUGCAUCUGUGUGGUUCUGAAUUACCAGCUGUGCUUAAGCCAUGACACACAGUAACUUUCAAGUAUCCUUAAUUUUUUUAAAAGGUCUGUUUUGGUAUGUGAGAUUAUUUCUCUGUUUAUGAAACUCUUCACAUAAAAUGUUACUUCUUUCAAUGUCAGUAUAAGAAAAUAUUAGGGGUCUGUAAUGUGGGCAUAGCAUUUCAGCCUGUGCACACACAUCAUCAGAUCUUAUUCUAACACCUCUGUUAUUUUUCUAUCCAUGCUGAGACCAAAGUCUCCCAAUGACCAAAAAAAAAAAAAAAA